UUUGUCUUAUCUUUGACACUCUUCCUUUGACGUUAUAUUGUAAUCACUAAGAAUAUUUUCAUCGUAAUAAUUGUCAGUAUGAAAAUUACAGUAUUCUUUCUCUGCUUGAGCCUCUCGGCUGUAUUGUUCUCUGUAAAUGGGGCUCCACAAAGACGACAAGUUGGAGCCCUAGUGUCAGCAGCCUUUGGACAAGCUCUCGCCGGACAAGUCACGAACUUUGUCAACACGGCUGGAAAUUACCUACUGAAUACGUUAUUUGGAGAGAGUCCUUAUACGACCAUUAUGGGUCGCGGUGUAAAAGUAAUGGGAGGAGGAACCACCGUGUCUAUUAAGGAUAUCGCCACCGGAAUAGUGGUAGCAGGGUUUGGGGAGACGCCGGAGCUGGCUAUGUCUCAGGCCACUGCGAAUCUUAUAACAACACUGUAUAAAGGUGGAUAUAUUAGCAUUGAUGAUCUUCAUUUAGCCCCAGUAAGAACGACAACUCCACUACCUUGUGCGGAUGCCUUCCCACCAAAAGUUUGUCAAGGUUAUAAAAAGCUAGGAUCUUGUUCACCUGCCCAUGUAACUUACAGCUUCGUCCAUACACACUGUACAAGAACUUGUGGUGGCUGUGAGUAAAUUAAGAUGCCAAUUCUUGGAAAUGCCAUCAAUGAUAUUUUGUAAUCAGCUUUAUUAAAAUAUUAUGUAUCAUAAGCAGAGUUAAUC